AUGGCUCCCAUCACCGACGACAAGGUCGAGGAGCUCCGCACUCAGUACCAUGCUUUAGAAGAGCGGAUCCGCCGACUAGAACAGCGGCUGGAAACAGGGCAAGCCAAACCCAGCGUCGCCGAAUCGAUGCGCUUGAUCCUCAUCGGCCCUCCUGGCGCAGGAAAGGGAACACAAGCCCCUAGGAUCAAAGACAAGUACUGUGUCUGCCAUUUGGCCACCGGUGAUAUGCUACGAGCACAAGUUGCCAAAAAGACUGCCUUGGGGAGGGAAGCCAAGAAGAUCAUGGACCAAGGGGGUUUGGUCAGCGACGACAUCAUGAUCAAUAUGAUCAAGUACGAGCUCGACACGAACCGGGAAUGUGCCAAUGGAUUUAUCCUUGACGGCUUUCCACGAACUGUCGCCCAGGCUGAAGGCCUUGACUCUAUGCUGGCUGCCGAGAACAAACCUCUUAAGCACGCCGUCGAGCUCCAGAUCGACGAUGGUCUAUUGGUCUCUCGCAUUACUGGCCGCCUCGUCCAUCCCGCUUCCGGUCGGUCGUACCAUAAAGUCUUCAAUCCUCCCAAGGCAGCCAUGACGGACGACGUCACGGGAGAACCGCUCAUCCAGAGAAGUGAUGACAAUGCCGACACUCUUACCAAAAGACUGGGCACCUAUCACGCACAGACGACACCGGUGGUCGGUUAUUACAAGUCCAAGGGUAUCUGGACCGGCAUCGACGCGAGUCAAUCUCCAGAUCAAGUUUGGAAGAGCAUCCUCGGAGUUUUCGGUGAUGCAAAAGGCGCCUCUUCAUCAGGAAGCAUUCUCACCAAGAUCGGGCUACGAUAG